AUGGAUCAAUUGGCCAGAAACCGCGAGCUUGCCAAGAUGAUCAAAGACAGCCUCACCCAGGCAGCGUGCAACGGUGAAGAGGUCAAGGUGGGCUCCUUGUGUUCCGGAUGGGGUGUGGGUGAAAUGGCCAUUGAUGCGCUUAACAAUGCUGUGGCGAUGAUCGAGCAAGAUUUGGCCUGUGGUCGUGCCUACGACUAUAUCACCCAAGCAUCUGCGGACGUGGAGAGCGCAGCUAGGCUGCUUAUCUGCUGGUGCCCGGCUCACCUUUUAGCUGCUGCUCUGAUUGUGUGGACCCGGCCUAAGGUGGAUGGCAUCCUCGCAGGAUACCCAUGCAAGUCCCUCUCCUUGCAGAACAAUGAGGCCAAGUCAUUUACGGACAAGAGCUCCAGCACGGGAGCUGGAUUUUGUGCACUUAUGAAGUAUGUAGAUCGCCACCUGAGCACCUUGCAGUGGAUCAUCACAGAGAAUGUGGCAGAGAUGUCAAACCAACGGAAGAAGUUCAAGGAUGAAGUGCCCAUCAAAAUCCAAUCCGAUGCUUUUGCAAAACGAGGUUUCCUUGGAUGGAGUUCGGUGUUGGAUGCCCAGUCCUACGGCUUGCCCCAAAGCCGCAGGCGGACUUGGGCAGUUUACAUCCGUGAGAACUUAGUGAGGAGCCAGGAUGGACCAUUGGGGGUCAUGGACCGACUUCGCUCCCCGGCCGCCCAGGCAAAAGGCAAUGCGAAGUGGAAGAAGACCUACAAAGCCUUCGACGAUGAAACCAAGGCCCACAUGGUCCGCACCGAGCUGAAGCUUCGCGACAAAGGCUUGGCCGUCACCGAGAGGGAGAUGAUGGUUUUGUGUUAUGGUGUGUCCAAGCUUGAGAAGCUGGGUCGAGACCCAUUUGCAGAGACGUUGCUAGUGCAAGUGGAUCAAGCUUUCAAUCGCCAGAUCUUUUGUCGAGCCAAUCCCACGGUGGUGCCGUGCCUUCUCCCAAAGGGCAAGUACAUAGUGACAGGACGAUGGACCGUCUUGUCUGGCCAGGAGAAAAUGGCGUUGCAGGGGAUAUCUCCUUCUGAGAUGGAGACCUACAGCUUCACCGAGCUUUCGGACUGGAAACAGUCAGAUCUUGCCGGCAAUGCGUGGGCUGCUCAGCCACAGGGCUCAUGGCUGGCGGAAGAGAUAGUCUCCAAAGUGAUUGGGGGUAAGCGUUUGCUGAGAGAGUGUGAGAGAGAGAGAGAGAGAGAGUGA